AUGACGAAGGACUUGUCAAGCACACGGCUCUCAUUUACAGGCCGGUCGACCCUCUCAUUGCCUCCUUGUGUCAGCAUGGACGUUUUCAGCACCGUUGUCACCUGUUGGGAUUUGGUUCACGGAUGCGUGGCUAUUAUAAACAAAGUUCAGGGGUGGCCGGACGAGCUCCGUAAAAUCACCCGUCGAAUCGGUAGGCUAGAGGUCCUCCUUUGCGGCCUCAAGUCACAUUUGGAGAAGAUGCCGAAGCACGGUCUUGACCGACUGCAACAGGAACAAAAGAGCGAACUCGAAAGCAUCAUAAUGGACACCGAGAAGGACUGCAAGGCGACACAUGACUUGCUUGAUGGAUGGGAGUCUAGGAAGAUCGGAGCCACAGGAAUUGAGUUUCGAGAGUGGUGGCUCGGUAAUUUCUUUCGCAAUGCUUACCAGAAGUACGGGGGUAGAGCUACAGACCUAAGGAGGCUUGCAGAGGAUCUUGAAGAGGAUCGUCGGGACCUGAAGGAAUACAUGGGACUGCUUGGGAUCAGACAAGACCAAGCGAACCAUGACGCGCUGGUCGAUAAGAACGACGUACUCUUAGGAAAGAUUGAUGGCAUGGAAUCGCAAUUGCUCAGUGUUCGACAUGGGGCCAAAAAGCAAAAGAAGCUCGUGAGGAACUAUGGCACACUCAUGAAAAAGAUGAACGGGCUCGAGGCAAAAUUGGCGGCCCUGACUGUGCACUUGGCAAUGGCGACGGCCGGAGAUGCACAGAGAGGAGGACUGACUGGCUAUGCAAAUGAUGACGGCCAGCAAUCUGUUUCCGUCCCUGCCAGACAGCCGACACCUGAAGUGACUCUCCCUCGGAAGGAUUACAAGAUCAUCUUCGUCGACCCGCACAACCAUGGGCGGAGCGUUGUAUCCGAGAUGCUGGUAAAACUACUGGGCGCCUGGACCGAAUCAGCAAAUGGCGACUGGCGUGUCAAAAAGGUGCAGUCUGCCGGGUUUUUCGAGCGGCAGCAUGGCGACUGCGCAGAACUGAUCGACGGACUCGACUUCAAACAUGACUCCUAUAAGCUGGAGAUGGCCAAGGGGGGCUCGCGGGCCAGUUCCACGGCUGUGGCAGCGCUUUUUGACAAUGCGAACUACAAUUUCAUUCCCGGGGGCUUCAAGGAAAAACUGCAUCAGCAGGCCAAAAAGGCGAAAUCCAAGGGGAUCAGGAGGAAGAUGUUCAAGGAGUAUGAUUACAUCAUCGUAUUCACCCGGCGCGAGCAUAACAACAUGGUAAAACUGCGCAAGGCGCUUGUUUCAGCGGACGGUGUCGAUGCUUUGGUCAAAGGCAAGGGACGUGUCAUGCACCUGGGCCAGUACCUUUCCUCAAAUGGAGAUACGAAGGAGAUUGCCAAUGCACCAAAGAACGAUCAAGGGGAGCCAAGCAGGGAAAAUUGGGACAAGAAGGUUUUGGACCUGAAAAUUGCCAUUAAAAGGUUUCUGACCGCAGAGUUGAGUUGGAAACAGCCGCGAGUCUUGAAGAAAUAG